UUGCUGGCGGCCAUGAAGAGGCAGAACGUGCGGACUCUGUCCCUCAUCGUCUGCACCUUCACCUACCUGCUGGUGGGCGCCGCCGUCUUCGACGCCCUCGAGUCGGACCACGAGAUGCGCGAGGAGGAAAAACUCAAAGCCGAGGAGAUCCGGAUCAAGGGCAAGUACAACAUCAGCAGCGAGGACUACCGGCAGCUGGAGCUGGUGAUCCUGCAGUCGGAGCCACACCGCGCUGGCGUCCAGUGGAAAUUCGCCGGCUCCUUCUACUUUGCCAUCACGGUCAUCACCACCAUAGGUUACGGGCACGCCGCUCCCGGCACGGACGCGGGCAAGGCCUUCUGCAUGUUCUACGCGGUGCUGGGCAUCCCGCUGACCCUGGUCAUGUUCCAGAGCCUGGGCGAGCGGAUGAACACGUUCGUGCGCUACCUGCUGAAGCGCAUCAAGAGGUGCUGCGGCAUGCGCAACACGGAGGUGUCCAUGGAGAACAUGGUGACCGUGGGCUUCUUCUCCUGCAUGGGGACGCUGUGCAUCGGGGCGGCCGCCUUCUCCCAGUGCGAGGAGUGGAGCUUCUUCCACGCCUACUACUACUGCUUCAUCACGUUGACUACCAUUGGGUUUGGGGAUUACGUGGCCCUGCAGACCAAGGGCGCCCUGCAAAAGAAGCCGCUCUACGUGGCCUUUAGCUUCAUGUAUAUCCUGGUGGGGCUGACGGUCAUCGGGGCCUUCCUCAACCUGGUGGUCCUCAGGUUCCUGACCAUGAACAGCGAGGACGAGCGGCGGGACGCCGAGGAGCGGGCGUCCCUCGCCGGCAACCGCAACAGCAUGGCCAUCCACAUCCCCGAGGAGGCACGGCAGGGCCGGCCCCGGUACAAGGCGGACGUGGCGGACCUGCAGUCCGUGUGCUCCUGCACCUGCUACCGCCCGCAGGAAUACGGUGGCCGCUCGGCGGCACAGCAGAACUCCUUCAGCGCCAAGCUCGCCCCCCAGUACUUCCACCCCAUCUCUUACAAGAUCGAGGAGAUCUCACCAAGCACAUUAAAAAACAGCCUCUUCCCGUCCCCUAUUAGCUCCAUUUCUCCCGGGUUACACAGCUUUACCGACAACCACAGGCUGAUGAGACGGCGGAAGUCCAUCUAGGGUCUGGGGAGGGAAAUGCAAACAAACAGAAGUCAUUUGUCAUAUCGGACGUUCAGUCUCAUUGGCCCACCUUGUCUUAUUUAUUUAUUAUGGUUAUCCUUUAUUGUUACGAUUAUUGUCAUCAUUUUUUUCUUUCUCUCCUUCCUUUUCUUUCUCAGUUUCAUUUCUUCCCCACCUUUCCAGCGAGACAGAGCAGGCCAAAGGGAAAAAAGAAAGGCCCGUCUUCCUGUGAAACUCGCAUCUGAGCAUGAAGCAUGGAUUUCUUCCUUCUUCCCAGCAAAGUAUGCCUUACAUUUCUCCCCAGCCCGCCCCAUCUCUGGGGUGGCUUUCCCAGGACAGGUGUGAGACCCAGACAAGGAGACAGAGCCCGGAGGAUACCCGACCCAAAGUUGCACACGCGGCUGAGAGCCUCGAGUGCCCACCCACGGUGGUGUCUCUGACCCAACUCCUUUCUCUUUUCCUCCUCAAGCAGUGGGUGGCCGAAUGUGUGUGGUCUGAGUGUGUGUGAAUGCGUGCACACACCAGUGUGCUUCUGUGUGCUUGAUGUGACAAAAUGGAAAGUAUCAGGUAUUCAUCUUUCUUUUCCGUCACACAAUUUUGUUAAUAGCCUGCUUUCGGCUGCUUCCAAACAAAACGGGAAAACAAAACCCACAAGGUUUUUGAUUUAUCAUCUUGCCAAAUCAAGCAUGUUCCACAAGCAGUCUUUAUCCCAGAUGAUAUGUCAUGACCACAUUUUUAAAGUGCUAGGUUCUAAAUUAUAUUAAAACUUCUUUUUAGGGGGUGGGUGGGCAAGCCGACACGGAUCAUUUUUAGCUUGCCAGUUCAAAAAUUUUUUAAACAAGCAUGCACUUUGUUAAACUGGUAUGCGUUAUCAACACAAGAAAACAAAACUAGCAAUGGAAUAAUCAAAAGCCAAUAAUAUUAAUUUAUUAGAGACAUUUUUAAUUUUACCAUCUCUAGUUCCAACAAUUUUCCAUGUAACUGGACGUGUUGGGGGAAACUGGAAAAUUGUUGCAACCACAGAGUAUUUUAUUCUCUCUUAUUUGUGUGAUGAUGAUGAUUUGUGUAGCAUCUACCUACGUGAAUAAGAAUUACAGUUCAGGAUGCUUGGAUGAGAAUGGGUAUUAGUAAGUGGAUGUGGUUUCUUUUCCUAAUGAAAAAUGACAGGGCAUUCCUCAUUUUAAAGAAUAUAUAUAAUGUAUUUUAAGAAAGAUUGUCUCUAACUGCAUUUGAUUUGUAAAUAGGGAAUGUUGAUGUUGGUCUCAGGAAGAGUUUAGAGGCAAGGAGCUGUGUCUUGGCCUGCUGGGAACUUGUCAAUCUCAGGGGGUGAUUUUUUUCUGAAUAAUGGAGAAAUUCCUCCCCACUCUCAAUAGGGGAUGACCCCAAAGGGAAGGCCUGCUAACAUCCUGGGGGGCCUAUAGAACAUGGCAUAUUGGAGGCCCUUUCCAUGACAGGAAUAAAGGAAAGUCUCACCUCCAGAUUCACGGGGGGACCUUCAUUUCCCUCAUCACUGUCUCGGCCAUUUCUAAAAAUCAGCCAUCCUCAUGGCCCUUUUUCAAAACCUGGAAGUUCUUCCAGUUCUUCCAGCUCUGGCUUUGGCUGGGCUGCUCAGCAGGAGCAGUGGGGGCCCCAGUGGGAUCUCCCAGGACGGAGGAUCUGCUCCCAAGCAAGAGGAGACCUACAAGAUUUCCUAAGAGACGGCCCCAAGUGCACCCCUCCCAAGCAUCUGGGCCAUUGGAGUGACCACAGCCCUCAAGAUUCCUCUGAAAAGGCAAGCACUUUAAUGUUACAUCCCAUGUUGAAAUGGCCCCUUCAUCUAGGACACAGGGCCUGUGGAAUGAGUCUGGGAACCUCAGAUUCUCUAGGCCAAAGAGGACAGUUAUUGAUCUUCAAGGUCAUAUCGAUUAACUCAUUUUUAAGACUUAAAAAAAUUUUUUUUUAGGGCUCUAAAAUCUGUCUAGAGAAUAGAAGCAGUUGCUCUUUAAUUUUUUUUUCUCUUGGAAGAGAUUGU